CAGUGAUAUACACACUGUUUGUACCGAGGUUCUCUUUUAUUCCUUUUAGGAGUAAGGUGACUAUUACCAUCCUGUCCAGUAGAUGAGCUUCCGGAGAUCAUGUGAAUAGGGAUCAUUGUAUCCAAAUAAAGUGGCGCUGGAAUGGCAUGUGGGUCUGAGUGUUGGGCCAUGGUCCUAAAUUUCUGAAAAUCAAAACUAGACAGUGAAUCAGCAAGAAGGUUUAAUUCACCGGGAAUGUGAAUAGCUUAUAAAAUGUACAGGUAUUGCCGGUUCGAAUCCUGUUCAUGUAACUUACCAUUGGCUACCAGAGCUCUAUUGAAGCACAAUUGGCCUUGCUCUCUCUGGGUGGGUAGAUGGUGCUCUUUCCUCUCAUCACUUCAAAAGGUGAUGUCGCUCAGCACAAGGCAUUUGUGAGCUGAUGUAUCAGAACUGAGUUCCUGCGCUUUCCUCAGAGCGUUAGCGCUGUGAUGCUACUCUGCAAUGCUGCAUCAGCAGCAGUUCAAAAAGAGGCAAUGGCUGACUUUACAUGUAUCAGAGGAGGCAAGUGCAAGUCUUCACCAUCCUGGUGUUGGGGCAUCACUAGUGAUAGGGGGAGUCCUAAUGAGUGGGUUGGGUAAUUGGCCGUGUAAAAUGGGAGAAAAUGGGAUACAAAUUUGAAAUAAAAAAAAAAAAUGUACUGGUGCAUAUUGAAGUGCCAUGUGAGCUGCUAGAGAAAUUUACUUGAAGUCAGACCCUUUGAGCACCCUUUGUCAAUGGCGUGCCGUGGACCAUGGCGGUGUUGUCAGAGUGGAUGUAAAUGACACAUCAUGUUUAUUCAUGUCCCUUUGGCAAGGCAGUGAUCACGACUAGGUAGAAUUGCGGAGGAGUCUCUAUGACUCGGGGAAAAAAGAACAUUUCAGCAGGCCGGUGAGAGGCAACCCAGCGGCCACAGUAGUAUCCGUCUUAGCCAGUGAAAGUUGCUGCACUCCUUAAAAGAUUAAUGUCCUCAGGGUUGGAGACAACAUUGUUGCGGAAAAAAGAAAUGCUAUUCUAGUGACGGAGAAACAGAGGUCAAAAUUGCAGUUUGGAGAUGCAAGCAUCGUCCAAGGUAACUUACUGAAAAUUAGAUCUGACUAAUAAGUUGAAGUUAAGGGGAUGGGACAUACAGAGUCCGGCUUGAUCCCCCAAAAAAGUGUGGUGACAGGACCAAUCAUCUUCUCAGCAGGCAGGGGAAUGCCCAGAUGAAAAAGACCAUGCCAGGGAGGAGGUCCAGUGAGCAUGUUGAAAAGGAAGGGGCAUCCAGGACACGAAAGUUAUUGAGCAGAUGCAUCACAUAGGAAAUGUUGCAAACCUUUAGCAAGAUCCAGGAAAGAGUUAAGAAUUAAUGGUGCACCUACAGUCAAAGAUGAGCCAAGCAGCAAAGUAGAAAUUCCCCCUCCAACGCACACAAAAAAGGUGCCAAACUUUAAAUGUGAGUGAAAACAUCAGCCUGAACCAUGCAAGUUCUACAACCGACAAGCUUUAGCAGAGAAAUGCUGCCAUUGAUGUGGGCGAAGCACAGGGAAAAAUCACCACUGAGCAUGAGGCCUUUAACAGAAGACACCAAUGGGACAUGGGGUGCAGACAAGUUUGGUAGCCCGUGCCUGGGACCUUCUCUGUUUUAGGGUCUGUACAUUAUUAAAGGAGAGAAUAGGUGGCUUACAGCUGGAAUACAAACUUUAAGUUGACACUGGCCAGCGAUUUGUUCAUUUUGAAGAAGUUGUAGACUAAUGGUUGUUGAUGAAUAUUGAUAAAAUUCACUGAAUUUCAUAAUGUGUAUAAAAACCUAGUCAUAAGACUAUUAGAGUAUAUUUAGUCAACUCUGAAGGUGGUGGCUUCAAAUAAAUAAUUAUAUAAUACAUGUACCCAUGGGCCUGCAGGGUCAUGUGUAACUGGUUUGAGAUACCACUGAGAGAAUAUAAAGGCUGUGGUGGUAAACAGGAACUGGACAUUUACUGAUGUCCUGCAUUCUAUAGGCUUUUUCUACAAUAUUGAUAUUAAAUUAAAUCAAAAUGACCAACAUUUGCUUUUUGUGCAUCAAAUGUUUUUUUCAGAAACCACUAAUUUGACUAUAUUACCAUUAUCCAUAUAUUUAUUUUGAAAAGUCCAAUUAAUUUAUUAUUAUUAUUAUUAUUAUUAUUAUUAUUAUUAUUAUAGAAAACAUUUACUGUCAUGUUUAUGUAUUGACUUAUUUGUAUUGACUAAAAACAUGUUGAAUCCCCUUUGUUGCUCUUGUUCACACAGAAAACGGAUCAGUCUGUUAAUGACAAUGUAUUCAAUGUUAUUUUUCAUGUAUUUUCCUCGAACCUUAACUACAACAUCAGUGUAUGAUAACAGAACAUCAUACAAUUUAAUGCUCACUCUGUCUGGAAUGAAGAACUUAGAACCAAAAUCUGUUUUUAUUAUACUGUCUUUGUCUGUUUACCUUUUUAUCAUUUUGUUAAAUACCGUGCUAAUUGUGACCAUUAUACUGAACAAGCCGCUCCAUGAACCGAUGUAUCUGUUCAUCUGUAACUUGUGCUUUAAAGAGCUGUAUAGAGCAACAGGAUUUUAUCCCAGCUUUUUGUACCUCCUGUUUUCAUCAUCUCAUGUAAUCUCAUAUAUUGGAUGUAUGACACAGUCAGUUAUCAUAUACUCGUCUUAUAUGUGUGAGUACACAACGCUAGUUAUAAUGGCUUAUGACAGAUAUGUGGCGAUAUGUAGGCCAUUAGAAUAUCACAGAACUAUAAGCACCCACACAGUGGCUAAAGCUCUGCUCUACUCGUGGGCAUUUCCUUUUGUUAUAGGGUUUCCAAAUGUUAUUAUUACCUCUCUACUGCCAUUAUGUGGAUCAGAAAUAGACAGACUUUACUGUGACAACUGGUCUAUUGUCAAGCUAUCCUGCUUACCAGGUACAGCCAGCAAUAUAUAUGGUUUUAUUGUGAUUAGUGUGUUUUUAGCACAUGGCGUGAUUGUUCUGCUGUCAUAUCAACGAUUAAUUGUUGCAUGCAGGAAUUCUGCUGACAACAAAAAGAAAUUUAUGCAGACGUGUGGACCACACUUGCUGUCCCUGCUGAACUUUAGUAUUGCACUUCUGUUCGACUUAAUGUUCAGUCGCUUCGGAUCAAAGGAAUUUUCAGAGCAUCUGCGUAAUUUCUUCCAAGUUGAGAUUCUAGUCAUCCCUCCUAUUUUAAACCCACUCAUGUACGGCCUUAAGCUGACGGAGGUGCGAAAGAGACUUUUUCAAAAGUGCAAAAAAUAUUAGAUUGUCAUAAAUAAAAUAUAUGGCUGAAUGAAGUUAUAUAAUGUAUAACAUGUGUACAUAUACAACUUUUAUUAUGGAUAUUUCAUAUAUGAUAUCAACUUACAUCUACAUAUAUCCAGAGGAUAUAUGAAUAUAUCCAGAGAUAAUAAAAUCAGCUUAUAGGUAACAUAUAUCGAUACACCACUCUGGCUAUGAGGACAUAUAUGUCAUAAAGUGCAUUUCUGUGUGUGAGAGGAAAUUUGUUUGAGCAGAGUAAAGUUGCUGUGGAGGUUUGUAUAAUGUUGCAUUGCUGCAAACUUUAAAUUUAUUUAUUGCUGUUUUUUCACUUGUGUCAUUACUAUGCAUUCACAGCUUCAAGAGUCUUCAAUGUGACUCGCUAAAAUUUAUCAAUGACAGGUCUAAUUUUUUUUAUUUCCAGUUUCAUAUUUCCAGUUACCUAGAAGUAAAAAAUAUAUAUAUUUCUUUAGUUUGAUUUUGGUUUUAUUCUUUUAUGUACAUUGACAUUUACAUUUUAAUCUAACUCAUGCACAAUCAAUGUUGUGAUUUAUUUAGUAGCAAUUUUAUCUUGUGGACUUCCACAGGGCUCAAUUUUAGGACCUAUGAGCCUGAUGAUUAUU